UGUCGUGUAUUUAGUCCUCAGCUGUUUAGACUUCUCGUUUGACGUUCCUUGUUUCAAUGUUGGCGCGUAUUGUUAACACAAUUACUUCUAAGUCGUUUUUUUCGCCGAGAAAUAACGAAAUCCCGUCAUGGUACUGAACGAAGUGGAUAAAUUUUGUCGCGAGCUAGAGAAAGCUGAAUUGGAGGCUCCUGGUGGGAUUGCAACGGCACGGACUUAUGCUCAAUUAUUAGCUGUAUAUCUUUACCAGAAUGAUUUAUGCAACGCCAAGUACCUAUGGAAGCGGAUACCAGUGGACGUGAAAACCGGAUGUACGGAACUCAAGCAAAUAUGGAUGGUAGGGCAGCGUAUGUGGCAACGGGACUGGGCCGCGGUUCACGUUGCCCUCAACGCAGAGUGGAGCGAAGAUGUUUCCGACAUCAUGGCUGCUCUAAAAGAUAACGUUCGGGAAAGGGCGAUAAAGUUAAUAUCCAAGGCAUACUCGUCGUUGGGAUUGACUGUGUUCGCAUCGAUGACUGGACUAACACUGGAAGAAGCGCGUCAGGCCGCCGUCGGAAAAGGUUGGACUAUCGAUGGAACGAUGGUGCAGCCGUGCAAGAUGGAUAAAGAUGAGCGUAUGCUCGACAGCGACAUCUGCCUUACCGAAGAUCAGCUGUAUAAACUCACGCAAUUCGUGUCCUUCUUGGAGAACUGAACGAGUAGCCCGCGGGCCGACGAUGACGAGGCAACCAUCACGAAGACUCGUAUCGACAGUACUUUAAACUUAGUUUUACCUCGUAAUCGUAUUAUAUAAAGGAGGAAGUGUGCCUCAAAGGAAGCUCCUGUGUCCUUGCCCUAAGUAUACCUUGGUUCUACCUACGCGUUCUGCCCAUUCGCAUGGAAGAAUCAUUCGAUGAAGCAAACGUGAUGUCAACAACUCGAUUAAUCAAUAAUCGAUCGCCGCGUGGAAGAGAUGACGGACUGGCAUUUUCCAGAAGGGACACAUCCCAGAAGAAAAUCCAUCAACAGAAUUACGGGAUUCUAACGAGUAUAUUUCAUUCAUUGGUGUUCAUCUUAGCGUUGACCCGCUGGAACGAAUUAUUCGAUUGUACAAAAUAAUAAUUACGGACGCGAUAACUACCGUCCUUAUACAAUGUUCCAAAUACAACACU